GCCACGAAGGAGAUUUAGUCGUUAAGAGUAACACUUAUUUGCGAAAAAAUAAUUCUUUUUACAAAGAUAAGUGAUGAAAGACAUUAUCAGAAUAUAAUUACCUAUGUUAUACGAUGUACGAUACUCUUUGAUAUCUAAUACUAGUAUCGAUUCAAAAAUUGUUUUUAAUUAUGCAAAAUAAAUCUAUAAAGAAUCAUAACAUUUUUUUGUUUUAUCCAUCGAUGGAUCUUCUACGCUUACGACUUCGGUCAUAUCAUAUUUACUGUUCUAUGCUAUGCGUUUAUGAUCACAUAAAGUGAGGACGAAAUAGUAAAGAAGUUAAAGAAAUAUAGUUAUUAUGAGCAAUGCUUAUUUGCGUAAAAAUAAUUGUUUUUACAAUAAUAAGUGACAAAAGUUUUCUGAGUAGUUACGACAUAUGUUGUACGACAAAUGUCACAAAUAUCAUAUGUGUUAUUUCUACACAUCGUCUAUUUUGGGCACCACAUAUAUAUAUAUAUAUAUUGUUAUGUUUGAUAGUAAUAAAGUAUAAACUUUAUAUUAAUUGUCUUGCUUUAUGUUAUUAUUUGAUACUAAUUUCAUUAUACUUUAGAAAUUAUAGUCAUUAUUAAAUUUGAUUAUUUUAUAUAUGAUUGUGUUUGGUUAUGUAAUAAGAUAUUAAUACAUUUUUUAAUUAUUGUAAUUAAUGUGUAAUAGUAUAAUAAUACAUGUAAUAGUAUAAUAAUAAUAAAAAGUAUAAUAAUAAUACGUACUGCAAUCAUCUGUUUUACAUCAAAUUUAAGCUACCAGUUUGCAUUUUUUAAUUUAUUAAUUAUUAUUUUUAGAAUGGGCAUUAUAGUAUAGACAUUAUAGCUAUAUUGAAAUAUAUUUUUGUUUUGCAUAAAUCACUGAUACAAUAUGCGGAAUUAGAAGUAAUAAGUACCUUAUGUUUAUCGUGCAUUUAUAUCAAAAUAUAAAUUUAUUUUAUUUAUAUAUUUAAAUUAAAAAUCAUAAUAAGUUUUAGCAUUUCUCGAAGUGAAAGUAUCAUAAAUUAUCUUUUUGGCGACAAUAUAAUUUCCAAUAUAAUUAAGUGGGUUUGUAUAUCGUUAAUAUGUAUUACAGGAGUAAACUAUAUUUAAAGCAAAUAAAUAAAAGAUAAGUAAUUGACAAGGGAUAUAGUCAGGGACACACAUGCCGCCCUGUUUCACAUCGAUGUGUAUGCUUCAAUGGCUCAAGAUCGACUGACGCCGCGAGCAAGUACAGCAGCUUAUUGCGCUUGCGCUUACAUAAACUGAAGAGCGAAAUAUAUCUACAUAUUUUCUUUAUUACGGCCAGCAAUUUACAUAUUUCGUAAAAUGAGUUUUGUAUAACGCACAUCGAUACUUUCACAUUAUUUGAUUCAUUCAUAGUCAUCUGCUUUUCACUGUAUAAUAAAAGGAAAUUAUGUCAAAUUACUGAACAGUUACUAUUAUGUCGCCUUAACAACAGCGUAUACGUAGCAGAAAUAUGAUAAAUAAAAAGACAUUUAGUAUCUGUCGGGAGAUUAGUCGAUGGUUUUACUGACAAAGCUGCUGCAUUCGUCGCGCAAAAUGGUAUUUGUUGGCGAACGCUGUUAUGAGCUUCAUCGAAUUAUGUUUAUGGCUAUGGGAUUAUGGCCGUAUCAAAAACCAUUUAUCUGGAGAAUACAAGCAGUUUUCUUUUUCAGUGCAUACUGCUGUACUUUAUUGUUUCAGUUUACAGCGUUUUUAACAGCAACAUGUAACGUGGAUUGUAUCUUAAAAAGAUUUUCUUAUAUCUGUAUAUGUUUUGUUUAUGUUAUGAAUUACUACUGUUUCUAUUUUCAUUCUGAAUCUGUAAAGCAAACGUUGGAACAUAUGCAGUUGGACUGGAAAAUGUUUAAAAAUAGUGAUGCAAUUAAAGUAUUUGAAGAGUAUCUCUUCGAAUCUUAUAUUUUCACAUUAUUUAUAUAUAUUAUUUCUUUGGUGGGUCUAUUUAUAUUUGUAAUUAUUGAAUGUAGACCCAUCAUUCUUGAUGUUAUCAUACCGAUGAAUGAAUCCCGACCACGCAAAAUUGAAAUUGAUUUUGAAUCUUUUGUCGAUAAACAGCAAUAUUUCUUUUUCUAUAUUAUGCAAGAGGUACUAGGAGUGGGGAUUGGCGUUUGCUCGAUAAUUACAACUGGGACAUUUUUGGCUAUGGUAGUGAAACAUUCUUGUGCAACAUAUAAAAUUGCAAGUUGUUUAAUACAAAAUACGGUAACCGUCCAUACGCUGCAAAUGUCUGCUGCUCAAAGAAUGCAAUUUAUGCAUCGGAGUAUUUGUUUAUCGGUUCAAAUUCAUGGAAGAACUGUGCAGUUCAUGAAAGGCCUCUUGCAAAUGGUUGAUUUGUGGUAUUUCCCGUUACUUUUAGUUGCUGUACUGUCUUUAAGUUGCCUUUUCUUUCGUCUAUACAAUGCUAUAAUACGGUUCAAUGACUUUCAUGAGAUUUUUGUGUCAUGUAUAAUUUUGUAUACUUAUUUAGUAUAUAUGUUUGUGGGAAAUUUUCUUGCACAAUCGUAUACCGACCAUAGUGUAGAACUAUUAGAAUUUACAUAUGAUACUCUUUGGUACGUAGCGCCAUUACCGAUCCAAAAAUUGUUUUUAAUUAUGCAAAAAGCUAUAAAGGCUCAUAUAGUAGUGUUGGGUGGUCUUUUUACUUUGUCCAUAGAAGGAUUUUCUACGCUUAUAACUUCGGCUGUAUCAUAUUUUACUGUUAUACACACUAUGCAUUUAUAAUCAUGAGGUGACGACAAAAUAAAGACGUUUAGUCAUUAAGUGUAACGCUUAUAUUCGAAAAACAAUUGUUUCUACAAAGAUAAGUGAUGAAAGUUUUCUCAGAAUGUAGCUAUCUAUAUUAUAGAAUGUAUGUCGCAAAUAUGUCUAACUAGCGCACAGAGACUAUUUUAGACACUAUUUAUUUCAUUAUAUUUGAUAGUGCAAUAUAAGUUUAAUAUUAAUUUUCUUGUUUUAUGAGAUAACUAUUAUAUUGUGUUUUAAAAAGAACAUUUUGUAAUUUGUCAAUUAUUAUUAAAUUCUAGUACAGGCAUUAGUUAUUAAAAUAUAUUUUUCUUUACGCAACUAAUUGAUUCGGUAUUGGAGUGCGAAAGUUAGGUACUUUUAUAUGGCACUCAAUUAAAUAUAACGUUUUUAAAAUAUAUUUGCAUAUCUAAUCCAAGUUACUAAUAUAAUGAUAAAUAAAUAUCAGAAUGUCGAUAAUAUAUAAUUAGACCAAUGAUGUAUAAUAAGCAAAAUUCAGAAGCAAUAAAUGAAAAUAUGUUACAGA